UUCCUUCUAUUUCUCCUCUUUGGAAGUUUGGAAAGAGGAAAGAGGAAAGAGGAAAAAUGUGUUACAGUGAGAAUACAAUGAAGAAUGAGGAGCAAGCUCGGUCCCUGUUCGGAAUCUCUCUCUCUGACAGACCCAAAUGGCAGCAAUUCCUCAUUUGCUCUUCUGGGUUCUUCUUUGGUUACCUUGUUAAUGGCAUUUGUGAGGAAUAUGUGUACAACAGGCUCCAAUUCAGCUAUGGUUGGUACUUUACAUUUGUUCAAGGUUUUGUGUACCUUGUUCUGAUUUACUUCCAGGGUUUCACCACCAAGCAAAUGGUGAAUCCAUGGAAGACUUAUGUGAAGCUCUCUGCUGUUCUUAUGGGCUCUCAUGGACUCACCAAAGGGUCUUUGGCUUUUCUUAAUUACCCUGCUCAGCUCAUGUUCAAAUCCACCAAGGUUCUUCCUGUGAUGGUAAUGGGGGCAUUCAUCCCGGGCCUAAGACGCAAAUACCCUGCUCAUGAAUACGUAUCUGCAGUACUUCUAGUGGUGGGUUUGAUCCUUUUCACCUUAGCAGAUGCUCACACAUCGCCUAAUUUCAGCGUGAUCGGUGUUUUGAUGGUGUCUGGUGCCCUGGUCAUGGACUCUUUUCUUGGUAACUUGCAAGAAGCCAUCUUUACCUUAAACCCCGAUACCACUCAGAUGGAGAUGCUCUUCUGCUCAACCGUCAUCGGUCUCCCCUUCUUGAUCCCACCAAUGCUUUUCACAGGAGAAUUGUUCAAAGCAUGGAAUUCAUGUUCUCAGCAUCUGUACGUGUAUGGGGUGUUGGUGUUUGAAGCCAUGGCCACCUUCAUCGGCCAAGUCUCGGUCCUCUCCCUCAUAGCCAUCUUCGGUGCUGCCACAACCGCCAUGGUGACCACGGCUCGAAAGGCGGUGACGUUACUGUUAUCUUAUUUGAUAUUCACUAAGCCAUUAACCGAGCAGCAUGGGAGCGGGCUCUUGCUGAUAGCCAUGGGGAUUGUUUUGAAGCUUUUGCCCGAUAACAAACCCUACAAGAAGGCCUCAUUGGAGUCACCUACCACUGAAAAAACUGCAAACCCUUUUCCCAGGGAAGAAGAGAAAAGUGAAGAGAUGAGACCCCUUGUUUGAAACUAUAUAUUAUGGCUGUUUUUAUUGUAUUAAUUGUUCUUGCUUGACUGUUUCAUCCUUCACUGAAGAAGAGAUUACGAAUGAGAUGUUUAAGCCGUGUUUGGUAA